UUGAAAUUUUUUGGAAUGGAGCGUAAACUAAAACCCUAGCUGAAAUUGAAGUUCGAAUCAGAAAACAAAGAACCAAACCAGCGAUGAAGGCGUUCGAAAUCAAUGGAGACACAGUCUCUCUCGCGCUCUUCAUCGACGUCACCAACUCCAAGGAACUCCUUGAUUCUAUGCAAGCUGGAACACUGGAACCAGAAGUUGCAUUUCUCAAUGCAUCACUUAUUCCAGAUGUUUUCCCUGUUCUAGCAGCUGCACAUAAGACACUUGUGUCUAAGUCACGGGAGUCAUUGACAACACGCACUCUUCAUUCGGAGCUUGUUUACAAUUACUCAGGAUCUAAGCAUAUAACAGAAUCUUUAAAAAGGUGUGGCAUCUCUGAAAGCACAACUUACAUCCUUGCUGCUCGUUUCAAUGCUACACUUGAUGAGGUGAAAGCCGUUGAGAAACUUAUCCAUGGAAAAGAGAUCGACUUGGAGGAGUUAAAUGGCAGAGCAAACCAGGCCCAGAUACAAAAGCAAUAUAAGAUUACUGGCCCGGAACUAGGGAUAUCCUCACUUGCAGAUGCUAUUGUAUGCCGGAUUGCUGCUCGUGAUGCCUUGUGAGAAGAGUUAUAAUCUAUUAAAAUUUUAGUUCCUCUUUUUUUAAACUACCUUAAGCAAACUGAGCUAGGUGGCUUGGUAAUUAAUAGCCCUCUGUAGUCCAAUUAGACCUGAUAUCUGCAGUAACAUGUGGGAUUUGAUUAGCAAAGCGGAGGGUCAAUGUAAUUCUAUAAAUCACUGAUGUGCUAUAUGAAAUCAGAGAAAAUUUAUCGUUAAUUUCU